UUCAUAACUUACAAAAUGGUUGGUGCAAUUGGAUUGGUGGAGGUACUGUGCGCUGUAGCGGUAAUUUUGACUGGUGUCUGGUACUACCUCGUGGCAAACUACAGCUUCUGGAAGGAGCGAGGAGUUCCAGGUCCGGAGCCCGAGAUAAUUUUUGGAAAUAUAAAGAAUAUCGCGCUCGGAAGGGAAUUUUUUGGGUUGUCUUUGAAGAACAUGUGCGAUCCAUUUCCCGGUGCUCCUUUGGUAGGCAUAUACGCACGUCGCCAGCCUCUGCUUCUCGUGCGCGAUCCUGAUCUAGUCAAGGACGUGAUGAUUAAGGAUUUUUCUAACUUCUCGGACAGAGGCAUUGAAAUACACGAAAAAUUUGAACCGUUCGAUCUGAAUUUGUUCAAUUUAGAACCGACGAGGUGGCGACCUCUUCGUUCUAAGUUAUCGCCGGCGUUCACUUCGGGUAAAAUGAAGCACAUGUUCACUCUGAUGACUGAGUGCGCGGAGCAUUUUGAAAAGUAUGUGGAUACCCUGGUCGAAACGGGAAAACCGAUCGACUGCCGUGAAAUUACUGCUAAGUUCACAACAGACGUUAUCGGCAGCUGUGCUUUUGGCCUUCAAAUGAAUGCCAUAGCCGACGAUGAUAGCGAGUUUAGGAAAAUGGGAAGAAAAGUUUUUCAACCGACCCUGAGGAACCGCAUUCUCGGUACAUUACGGAUAGCAGCACCGUGGCUUUUUAAAUUACUUGGAAUUCCUAAAAAUUCAAGUGAGAUUACGGAAUUCUUCACGUCGUCAUUGAAGCAAACUAUGGAUCACCGAAUGAAAAAUAAUAUUCCAAGAGGAGACCUCGUCGAUAUUCUCAUAGACAUAAAGAAGAACAGGGAAAAGUCUGAUUUUGAGCUGACUGAUGCGCUAAUAGCCGCUCAGGCUUUUGUGUUUUUCGUUGCUGGUUUUGAGACUUCGUCAACGACAAUCAGCCAUGCUUUACUGGAGCUUGCCCAACGCCAUGAUAUACAAGAAAGACUGAGACAAGAAAUAAAAGAGACACUUGAUGCGAAUAAUGGAAGAAUCACGUACGAUAGUGUCAAAGAAAUGAAGUAUCUGGACAUGGUGUUCCAAGAAACACUUAGGCUGAGACCGCCGGUUACUAUGCACUUGCGAAAAGCAAUGUCUGAUUACACGUUCAGGGACACGGAAGUCACGAUUUCGAAAGGGCAGCGGGUGUGGAUCCCGGUUUGGGACAUUCAUCAGAACCCAGAAUAUUAUCCAAAUCCGGAAGUUUUCGAUCCCGAACGGUUCACGGAUGAGAUGGUCAAAGCCAGACAUCCCAUGACGUAUAUACCUUUUGGCGACGGACCCAGAAAUUGCAUCGGUGCUCGCUUCGGUAUCUACCAAACAAAAUUGGGAUUGGUCAAGAUAUUACUGAAGUUCAAGGUUGAGGUGUGCGAAGAAACUCGAAUUCCGUACAAGCCUGAUCCAAAAUCGCUUCUACUCACACCCCUCGGAGGAGUGUACCUCAAAUUCUCGAAAAUUUCUCACGACAAAAUAAAAAGGGUUCGAAGAAACCAGAACCACGAUCGUCGUAAUAAAAUAAUACAUCAAGUAAUACUUUCUAAUUUUGAAAGUGAAUUCAAAUCUUUGCGAUUUCGUACCGGAGUUCGCGAAAAUCGUAAGAAUCAUUCUAACAAUACCAUCGGCAUCAUAACAAAUCCUUUCAACCAUCAAUACGAGUCACUCGGCACCUUGCAAAAAAUUGGUCGGCCGGGCCAGUACGAUUUGGAGUUGGACGAGCGUUAUCGAACUUUCAGAAGUUGCAUAGUCAACAUUACGAUGUGGGAUGUGACUUCGAAAGCUUUGAAAAUGAUCGGUGCCUUUGGGUUUACGGAGACGCUAUGCGCUGUCGCGAUCGUCUUGAUUGGUAUCUGGUACUACUUUGUGGCAAACUACAAUUUUUGGAAGAAGCGUGGAGUUCCAGGGCCAGAACCAGGGCUAAUAUUUGGAAAUAUGAAGGACGUCUUGUUCGUCAAAAACAACCUUGGAGAGAUGUUGAGGAAAAUAUGUAAACAGUUCCCUAGUGCUCCUAUGAUAGGCGUUUACGACCGUCGCACGCCCGUGCUGAUCUUGCGUGACCCUGAACUCAUCAAGGACGUGAUGAUUAAAGACUUUGCGAGCUUCUCGGAGAGAGGCCUCCCCAUUCACGAGAAGGUUGAACCGCUAAGUACGCAUCUAUUCAAUUUGGAAACUACGAGGUGGCGACCUCUUCGUUCUAAGCUAUCACCGGUGUUCACGUCGGGAAAAAUGAAGAAUAUGUUUUACCUGAUAUUGGAGUGUGCCGAGUACUUCGAAAAGUAUUUACAUAACAUCGUGGAAAAGGGCGAGCCCAUCAACUGCCGCGAAAUAACUGCCAAGUACACAACUGACGUGAUCGGUAGUUGCGCUUUUGGUCUGCAGAUGAACGCGCUUGCCAGCGAAGAUAGUGAAUUUAGAAACAUGGGCAGAAAAUUCUUCGCGCUAGAUCGGAAAAGAAGAAUUCUUAACUUGAUACGAUCGUCGGUACCGUGGCUUUACGAGCUAAUUGGAAUGUCGGCUAUGGGAGAUGAUAUUGACAAAUUUUUUUUAACGUCAGUUAAAGAAACGAUCGAUUACCGAACGAAGAAUAAUGUUCGUAGAGCCGAUAUUAUUGAGACGCUAAUGGAAAUAAAAAAUCAUCCGGAGAAAACCAAUUUCGAACUGUCGGAUUCUAUAAUCGCCGCUCAAGCCUUCGUAUUCUUCAUUGCUGGUUUCGAGACUUCGUCAACUACCAUCAGCCACGCUUUAAUGGAGCUCGCCCAAAACCACGACAUGCAAGACAGACUGCGACGAGAGAUAGUUGAAUCACUUAAAGCUAGUAAUGGAGACAUUACUUACGACGGUGUGAAGCAGCUGAAGUAUUUGGACAUGGUUUUCAAAGAAACCUUGAGGCUCAGACCACCGGUUCCAUUGCACAUGCGAAUGGCAGUGACCGACUAUACUUUCAGAGACAUAAACGUUACGAUCCCGAAAGGGCAGCAGGUGUGGAUCCCGAUUUGGGAUAUUCAACUGAAUCCCGAAUACUACCCAAAACCAGAAGUCUUCGAUCCCGAACGGUUCACGGAUGAGAUGGUCAAAGCCAGACAUCCCAUGACGUAUACACCUUUUGGCGACGGACCCAGAAAUUGCAUCGGUGCUCGCUUCGGUACCUAUCAAACGAAAUUGGGGUUGAUAAAAAUAUUAUCAAACUUCAAAGUUGACAUGUGCGAUAAAACCAAGAUUCCAUACAAAUCCGACCCUAAAUCGUUCCUGUUGGCACCCAUCGGUGGAGUUCACCUUAAAUUUUCUAAAAUUAAGUAAUUGAAUAAAAAAGACCCCCUGACAUAAUUUUAG